AUUGUAGCCACUUUGCCAAUCUACUUUGCUGGAAGAAGACCCAAAUUAUCACUCUCUGCUGAUAGAAAAUUGGUUCAGAUGGUCAGGAGCCACCAAGACACAGUCCUGCUGUUAACUGAAAGCUGCUGGAACACUGUCUACGGUCAAGCGAAUUUUACAUCACCAUGGACUGACAGGCCGCCGUCCAAGAAAGAAGCCUCUGCUCCAAAAUCAACACCUUCAAGUUCGACUAAAUUUUGCAGCUCACCACAUGGACAAAGAAAGUCUUCUGGAGGAAAGUUUUAUGGUCAGAUGAGACAGAUUGAGUUGUUUGGCCACAAGGAUGAGAGAUACAGAGGAACAUCAUACCAAAUAUUAAGCCUGGUGGUGGUGGUAGCAUCAUUGGUGCAUUGCACAAAGUGGAUGGAAUAAUGAAGGACUAUCUUGCAAUUCUUCAGCACAACCUCAAGCCAUCAAAAACAUGGACACAAUUGGGUGUUCCAAAGGGAAAAUGACCACAAACACACAUCAAAGCUGGUUGUGGAAUUGAUAAAGCAGGUGAACAUUAAACAAAUCCUGACCUCAACACUAUCAAAAAUAUGUGGCCUGUGCUUAAGUUUUGUGCAUGACAGGAAGUGCACAUUUAAUUGAACACGACCAGUUCUGCCAAGAAGAGUGGUCAUAUAUCCAACCAGAAUUCUGCCAGAAGCUUGUUGAUUGCUACCAAGAGCGUCUGGUCAGGGUGAAACUUGUGACCGCGCCCUAUUUAAGGAGAGAGAGCGAGAGCAGAGGGAGCUCUCUCUCCACAACCAGAUGGCUGAUGUGUGUGCGUAACGCUGAAAAGCUGAAUAAAGGAGAGUUUGUGAAAUCAGUUCUGUCCUGCCGUCCUUCUGUGCUCCACCCACCUACAUGGACUGCUACAGUGGUGCUGAAACCCGGGACCCGAGCACAGAAGACAACAGCCCCAGAGACCUCGGGGUGGCCGGUGGAACAGCGCGCGGCGCGCCUCCUCCCCCUGCUAACCGGAGAGGCGCAGCUGGCCGCGCUACAGCUCCCCGCCGACCACCGGCUGGCCUACGUGGACCUUCGCCGGGCCGUCCUCCAGCGGGUGGGACACACCCCGGAGCAACAACAUCAGCGUUUCCACGCUCUGCGCUUGGAGGAAGUCGGCCGGCCAUUUGCGUUUGGCCAGCAACUCCGGGAUGCCUGCUGGCAGUGGUUGAGGGACGACAGUUGCGACGCCGAGGGACUCAUUGACCAGGUGGUACUGCAACAGUUCGUCACGCAUUUACCAGCGGGAACCGCAGAGUGGGUCCAGUACCACCGCCCGGCGUCGCUGGAUCAGGCAAUCGAGCUGGUGGAGGAUCAUCUGGCGGCUGUCCCAGCGGCAGGACAGCAGAUGGCAUCUUCUCUUCUCUCCUCUUCUCUCUCUCUCUCUCUCUCCCCCUCCUCCUGUGUCCCGUCCUCUCCCCGUUCCCCCACCGCGGAGGCGGGGGCCGGCACCACCCCAGCCGGCCCACUGCACCCGUGGUGCCCUCCCGUUUCUCCCUUCUGUGUCUGUCUCUCCUCCACCUCAGGUGAGUGUGCCCCAGAUCACCGGUGCAGAGGGAAAGCCUGGGCAGGUUUGCUGGCGCUGCGGGGAGCCGGGCCACCUUCAACAGCAGUGCACGGCGAUAGAGGUGGGCGCAGUGGUUCGGAUCCCCGAUGCGCCAGAGGCCGUCCUCGAUCGGGCCGGAGCGUAUCGCAUACCGACGGAUGCGUCGGACAGAGGGCUGGGGGCCGUUUUGUCCCAGCAGGUGGAGGGGGAGGAUCGCCCCGUCUUGUACAUUAGUCGCAAGCUGUCGGUGCGUGAGGGGCGCUACAGUACCAUCGAGAAGGAGUGCCUGGCGAUCAAGUGGGCGGUCCUCGCCCUCUGGUACUACCUGCUGGGACGCCCUUUCACCCUCUGUUCGGACCACGCACCCCUCCAGUGGCUCCACCGCAUGAAA